CCCAUGGCCGCGGGCUCCUUCCUUGCUGCCCACCGCCCUCUCCGCCGUUCCCGGCCCCGGCCCCGGGUGUCCGCGGGCCGCCAUGGGCCCCGAGAUGGAACCGCUGCUCCUGGCCUGGAGCUAUUUCAGGCGCAGGAAGUUCCAGCUCUGCGCCGAUCUGUGCACGCAGGUGCUGGAGAAGUCCCCCUAUGACCAGGAGCCAGGUCCUGAAUUGCCAAUGUCUCAGGCAGCCUGGAUUUUAAAAGCACGGGCACUAACUGAAAUGGUGUACAUAGAUGAAGUUGAUGUAGAUCAAGAAGGAAUUGCAGAAAUGAUUCUGGAUGAAAAUGCUAUUGCUCAAGUGCCACGCCCUGGAACAUCCCUGAAACUGCCUGGGACGAGUCAGACAGGAGGGCCCAGCCAAGCUGUCAGGCCACUCACUCAAGCUGGGAGGCCCAUUACUGGUUAUCUCAGGCCCAGCACGCAGGGUGGAAGGCCGGGUACAAUGGAACAGGCCAUCAAAGCACCCAGAACUGCCUACACAGCCCGCCCUAUCACCAGCUCCUCUGGGAGGUUUGUCAGAAUGGGAACGGCAUCCAUGCUUACAAGUCCUGAUGGGCCAUUUAUAAAUUUAUCUAGACUGAACUUAACAAAAUACUCCCAGAAACCUAAAUUGGCAAAGGCUUUGUUUGAGUAUAUUUUUCAUCAUGAAAAUGAUGUUAAGACUGUAAGUUGUGAACUCGUGCUACUUUAUUUUGGUCAUUACAAAUUCUGCUUACAAAAAGUAGCAGAAAUAGAAAAAAAUGCUCUGGACCUGGCCGCCCUCUCCACGGAGCAUUCCCAGUACAAGGACUGGUGGUGGAAAGUGCAGAUUGGAAAGUGCUACCUCAGAUUGGGAAUGUAUCGCGAAGCUGAAAAGCAGUUCAAAUCUGCCUUGAAACAGCAGGAGAUGGUAGAUACAUUUCUCUACUUGGCGAAAGUUUCCAUUGCAUUGGAUCAACCUGUGACAGCUUUAAAUCUUUUCAAACAAGGCUUGGAGAAAUUUCCAGGAGAGGUAACUCUACUUUGUGGAAUUGCCAGGAUCUAUGAGGAAAUGAACAAUAUUCCCUCAGCGACCGAGUACUACAAGGAAGUUCUGAAACAAGACAAUACUCAUGUGGAAGCCAUUGCAUGUAUUGGAAGCAACCAUUUUUAUUCGGAUCAACCAGAAAUAGCUCUCCGGUUUUACAGGCGACUCCUGCAGAUGGGUGUGUAUAAUUGCCAGCUUUUUAACAAUCUGGGGCUGUGUUGUUUCUAUGCCCAGCAGUACGACAUGACCCUCACCUCCUUUGAACGUGCCCUUGCUCUGGCUGAACAUGAAGAAGAGACAGCUGAUGUGUGGUACAACCUGGGACACGUAGCUGUGGGCAUAGGAGACACGAACUUGGCCCAUCAGUGUUUUAGACUGGCUCUGGUCAACAACAACCACCACGCCGAGGCCUAUAACAACCUGGCCGUGCUGGAGAUGCGGAAGGGCCACGUCGAACAGGCCCGAGCACUGUUACAGACCGCGUCAGCUUUGGCUCCCCACAUGUAUGAACCACAUUUUAAUUUUGCAACAAUCUCUAACAAGAUCGGAGACCUUCAGAGAAGCUACACUGCCGCUCAGAAGUCUGAAGCCGCAUAUCCAGGUCACGUGGACACACAACACUUAAUUAAACAAUUAAAGCAGCAUUUUGCUAUGCUCUGAUUGUUCCAUAGACCCAACAGGUUCUUAUGAAAGAGCAUUGCACAAAAGCAAGAGAGCAUUAUGUGCUUCUAUAUCUGUGAAGCCGGGCUGGGCUUGAAAUGAAUGAAGGUGACAUGGAAAAGAGUUGAAACCAAAAAAAACAGAGUGGAAACUGUAUAACUGUUUCUGUGUAUGAUAUUGGAAAAUUGUGAUGGAUGUUUACAUUUCCUAAGCAAUUUUGAUGCUUUCUGCAACUUUUUAUAAAUGUAUAUUUUUAUAGUGCUUAUACUAUUAAUACUUACAUAGCUUUAAGGGGUCUGAAAUCAGCACUUUAAACUCCACUUCUCUGGCUAAAAGUAUGUGUAUGCUAUCUUCAGACUCUAUUUAAACCUGAAGAAUUGUACUUUAAACUACUUUUUGUCAACUACUUUGUGGCUAUGUGCUGUGCUUUAAAAUAAACCAGUGUAUAAAAC